AUGGCAGCAGUUUUAAAGAAAAGAGCAUUGGCAGAGUACAAUAAAGUGUUUCAAGAUGUCCCUGCUACUAAGAAGCUACAUCUGGUCAAGAAGCCUUUGAUAGGUAGCUCUGCAGCUGCAUUCGUCGGGCUCUUAGAAAAGUGUAAAUCCAGUGACGAAGCACUGCAACUCUUGCUGCGUAUAUCAGACUGCUUGCAGUUCCAAGAGUCCGAUGUAGAGGAGGCUAUCAAGAAGUUGUCUGAACACUUCCAGUCUGAAGAAGAAGCUGUAGUCAGAGUAAAGAUACUAUGGCUGUUCUGUGACAUCGGUCUUGAGUGCCCUGGAGCUAAUCUGAAUAAUUUAAUUGAUGAGACAGCUCACUUGAUUAAAAAUGAGACGUCACACAAGGUGAUUGCACAAGGUAUAGCUACACUGCUGAAACUGGGCAGCAAACUCAGUGAUGACAAGAUCCUGAUGAUGCGACUGGUGGCUGUGGCUAAGGACAAUCUGAAGGACACCAGCCAUCAGGUGAAGUGUCGGUGUCUGCAGCUCAUCAGUGAGCUGUACCCCAUACACCCGGAGUCUGAGAGAACCACUGAGAUGGCCACUGAGGCUGAUGCUAUUGUCAAGCUGCUUGGCGACUAUUCACAUGCUGAGGAUGCAAGAGUGCGCUGUGAAGCAUUUCAGUCCCUCCUCACAAUGCAUGAGAGAGGACAAAACCUGAGUGCCUCCCUCUAUGAUUUGGUGUGUGUGGCCCUGUCUGAUGACUAUGAGAUAGUCAGGGAGGUAGCUCUCAAGCUGGUCUGGGUGCUCGGCAAUAAGUACCCUGAAAAUACAAUAACUCUAUGUGACGGCGAGACAACAAUGCGGCUAGUCGACGAUGCGUUCGUACGCAUCUGUUCAGCCGUGAAUGACUUGUGCAUGCAAGUACGUGCACUGGCCUGCACCUUACUGGGGACUACUCGCGGUGUGUCCGAUCGAUUCCUUCUACAGACCUUGGACAAACAGCUUAUGAGUAAUAUGAAGAAAAAGCGCACAGCCCACGAGCGUGGCGCGGAGUUAGUCCGAAGCGGUGCGUGGGCGUCGGGGCGGCGCUGGGCGGACGACGCGCCCGGACACUUGCUACACCAGGACACUGUACAACUACUGCCCGGGGGCGCCGCCGGGGCGUUCGUACACGGACUCGAGGACGAACUCAUGGAGGUUCGCACAGCGGCAGUGGACGCGGUAUGCCAGCUCUCCAUGGAGAAUGCAGUGUUUGCGACAACAUCGCUUGACUUCUUAGUGGACAUGUUCAACGACGAGAUAGAGGACGUACGUCUGCGCGCCAUUGACAGUCUCACGCGUAUCGCGCACCAUAUCGUACUCAGAGAGGACCAACUCGAAACUAUAUUGGGGGCAUUAGAGGACUAUUCAAUGGACGUGCGCGAGGGUUUACAUCGUAUGUUGGGCUCCUGCACGGUCGCGUCCAAGACCUGCCUCGAGAUGUGCAUUGACAAAAUAUUAGAGAAUCUCAAGAGAUAUCCACAGGACAAGCGCUCGACGUUCCGUUGUGUGCAACGUCUAGGCAGUUCCCACGCGGCACUCGUACUGCCGCUGACGACGCGGCUACUGGCCGUGCAUCCAUUCUUCGACAUGCCCGAGCCAGACGUCGAAGAUCCCGCAUACAUGUGCGUCCUGAUCCUGGUCCUGAAUGCCGCGCAGCACUGCACCACGAUGUUGCCACUGUUCGAGGAACAUACCAUCAAGCACUACACGUACCUACGGGAUACCAUGCCACAUCUCGUGCCAUAUCUACCCAUUGGUGACGCCCAACAAUCAAGUGCUGAGAAGAUAGAGUCAGCGAUGGACGACAGCGCGGUGCGUCGUUUCUUCUCGUCCGUACUGCAACACAUCGACAACCCCACCCUGUCUACUGCAGUCAGACUCAACAUGCUACGCUCUGCUGAGGAACAACUUAAUAAACUGGCGGAGAUGGAGCCGGCCGUGUCGGGCGCGGCCGUGUUCACGUGCGUGCUGGCGCGCUGCGUGCGCGGCCUGCACGCACUCACCGCGCGCGCCGCGCCCGCGCCCAGGGACCACGCGCUCGCGCACCUCGCCACCGACUGCCUCAGACUGCAGCACCAGUUCAGUGGUGUAACAGAACAGGAGAACGCGUGUGUGUGGCAGUUGGCGCUGCGUGUGAGUGCCGCCAAGCUGUGUGCGGUGGCGGGCGGCGCCCCGGGCGGCCCGGGCGGACCCGCGGGCGGCGGCCCGGGUGGACCGGGCGGCCCCGCGGCGGGCGCAGCGCCCGGCCCGGCCCUGUCGGGGGCGGCCGCCGCACUCUCCGCCGCUGCAGCGCUCACUCAUCAUGCAGAAUUACUUGAUAGGCUACUGGCCUCUGCAGGAGUGGAGCCGGACCCGUUCACGAUAGCGGUGUUCCGUCAGUUGUCGAUGAACGCGGACCACAAGCCGGCCGCGCUCGCUCGCGCCAUCAUGCCACUGUUGCAGUCUGCGCCGCUGCCCGUCAUACCCACGCCGAAUAUCAAGAUCCGUAUGUGCACGGCGAGUAUCCUAGAGCCGGCGGCGGACAACGACACAGUGGUACGGUUUAGCGCGGGGCUAGUGGCCGGCGUCGCGCUGGAGGCCGAAGUAUUGCGCGUGCGCUGCCCCGGACAGAUACGCGUGCGCGUCGCGUACCCCGACACUAGAGUGCACGCCCUCGUACCACACAAGGACCAUCUCAGGCCACUCGAUCAUCAAAAUACUAAUGACGACGGCACACAAAACGUGCGUCUGUUAACAAAGGUAUUGAUAUCGCAUGGAGUGUGGACGGAGCCGUGUGGAGUAGACAUCUCAGUUUGUCUCGCUGUGGAAGAGGGAGGCGCGCGGGAACCGGCGCAACUCAUCGAGUUGUGUCGCCCAGUACGAGUCACUGUCGCACCUAAACCGAUUAAACGAGGCAUAUAG